GUCAAUGGGUUUGUGUUUCUUCAUAGAGUGUUUUGAGAGGUACUGGUUAGCAUUUGGAGACAUGUGUUGUCGUGUUUCUUUACUGUAGUCCGGCUCUUUUCUUUUUCCUCCGUAUUAGUUAAACCUGGUUCAGACACAAUGCGGCCUUUGUACGUUGCCAUUAUUCUUUUUUGGGCCGCCAGCGCCACACAUGCAAAAGCUGUGCCUUCUCUUCCUGACUUCGGGGACACCUAUCACGUCAAAGGUGUGAUCUCUUUGCCCUAUGCUGAAAUUUUGGAGCCAUUUGAGGGCUGGUUUGACCUCGCAGCAAAGUCCAGCCGUAUAGACUAUUAUCAUGGCCAGGUCUCCACUUACCAGUUGGCGGCUCAGCAGGAGUUUGGCGUUUCCUAUAAAAUCACUCCUGAGACCACAGAGGUGGAGCAAAACGUCAUGAAGUGCUUUCAGGUGAACGGCACGAAGGACGAAGCGGUCGCACCGCAAGCGUCGCUGCCGGACGUUCAGGGCUUCCAGUUCUUGAGGAUGGAGUAUUACGGCGGCUCGCUGUGCGAAGUCUGGCAGAACGUGACGACUGUGGGCCACAAGAAGAACACCUACACACUGUGGGUGACAAACGCAGAGAAAAGCACAGACGGACAGAAAAGCACUUCCAUACCCCUACACUACGAGAUGAUGGGAUACAACACUCUGCUGGGGUCCCAUUAUGACAAGUACCUGGUGGACUACAAAGAGUUCAGCACCCGUUUUGACCCCAAAGUUUUCUCUCUGCCUGAAGGGAUGACUUGUGGGGGAUUCCCAGGUCCAGGGGUGGAGCACCACCUGCUGGCUAACCCGAUGAAGGAACUCAUCUACACCUCGGCUUCAGGCCACUCUCAGAAGAUGUUCAGUCAUUUCAAGGAGAAGUUCCAGCGUCAGUAUGGCGACGACAUGGAGCACGAGGAGAGAGAGCAUGCUUUUCUUCACAACCUCAGGUAUGUCCACUCUAAGAACAGAGCUGGCCUGUCCUUCACCCUGGCUCUGAACUCGCUGUCGGACCGCACCAUGUUGGAGCUAGCAAGCAUGAGGGGGAAAAAACAAAGCAAGACCCCAAACAAGGGUCUCCCCUUCCCAACGAAGCUGUACAAAGGGGUACAAGUACCCGAGUCUCUGGACUGGAGACUUUAUGGUGCUGUGACUCCAGUGAAGGACCAAGCCAUCUGCGGCUCCUGCUGGAGCUUUGCCACCACUGGAGCAGUAGAGGGCGCCCUCUUCCUAAAGACGGGCUCCCUGCAGAUCCUGUCCCAGCAGAUGCUGGUGGACUGCUCCUGGGGCUUUGGCAACAACGGCUGCGACGGUGGGGAGGAGUGGCGAGCGUACGAGUGGAUCAUGAAACACGGAGGCAUCGCCACCACGGAAACCUACGGCGCCUACAUGGGAAUGAACGGAUUCUGCCAUCUGAACUCGUCGCAGCUCACCGCCCACGUCAAAAGUUACACCAACGUGACAUCGGGUGACGCGGACGCCCUCAGGUUGGCCCUCUUCAAGAACGGCCCGGCCGCCGUCAGCAUCGACGCCUCGCACCGAUCGUUCGUCUUUUACAGCCACGGCGUUUACUACGAACCGGCUUGUGGGAACACCAUGGACGAUUUGGACCACGCCGUGCUCGCGGUGGGGUACGGCACGUUGAACGGGGAGUCGUACUGGCUGGUUAAGAACUCUUGGUCCACAUACUGGGGCAACGACGGCUACAUCCUGAUGUCUACGAAGGACAACAACUGCGGAGUCACUACAGCCGCUACCUACGUCACUCUGGCCUAGAUACUUCCUGUUUGCUGUUGAUGUUUACGCUGUUGUCAGUGCCUGGGUCUGAACGACACUUUAUGUUUGGUGUCUAAGCAGCCUGAAAAUAUUUAGGGGCGCACUGAUCCACUUCUUUCAUUUCCAAUCACAAUAUCUGAGGUUCAGUAUCGUCCGAUACAGAAAAACAGUGCUGAAUUAACGUAGAACUUUCUUUUUUUAAACAGACUGAACUACUAUAUUACAAAUUUAUUUGAUGACUUUGUACCAGUACAGACGCCAAUAGCAUGGCAAAUAUUUUUUUGUUAAGUCAGUGUAAUUAGGAGUAUAGGAGGCAAUGUAACCUGACAGACAGUAGGUUGACUAUCUUGGUUGAACAGGUGUAAAUUAAACUUCAGCAAACUUUCAUUCGAAUCGUUCAGGAAGUUCAAUUAGCAAUUCUAAAGUACGACAUCACUCGGAGCGCAAAGCAUAUAGAAUUAUAUUGAAUAGAUCUGUCUUUGUGGAUCAAGCACGUUGCCACUGAUUCAUAAUCUAGAAUUUUAUUUCACUAUCGGAACCGAUACAGAUAAUAUCGGAUCGGUGCAUCUCUGAAAGUAUUGUUUUGCAAAAGUUGCACAAAUAUGUGGUCUUUCUUUUUGUUUUGUUUCAAACAUGUUUAUUGCUGGAGGCAUCAAGGCACUACGCCUUCAUUUCAGUUAUACAAAAUACAUUUCAUCACACAUUUCCACUUGAUCGUUACACAUUUGACAAAAUCGUGACAAUAAAAACGCUGAAAGUUC